UUUUUAAUUGGAAAGUGUUUUGGUACACAUGGAAAAGAGUCAACAAAUAAAUUCAGACAGCUCUGAGAAACUUGACCAAAAAGACUCUAAAGAGAGAGUAACACAACAUGUAGAGCAACAAACAGAAGAACAAAGUCGCAAGUCCAAUUAUCUCGUUUUAGACUGGUCGGAAGAAAGCUUGGAGCCUGUUUCUGCUGAUUCUUACGUAUUUUCGACUGAACAAGCCCUAGCAGCACUUACAAUUUCCAACGAGAAGCCUAACAUAAAAUUGGACUCUAAAAAAGAUGAGCGGCAAGAACGGUGCAGAACUUGCCUCCCAGGAUCGAAGAAUGUUCUGACUGCACCCUCUGUGAGAAUUUCAGAAGACAGUGGUAAGAUAGAUGACAAAUCUAACAAAGUUGAGGAGCACCACACGGCCCCCUUGGAAGAUUUGAACUUAGCAACUACAACAGUAACGGCGAUUGAAGGAAGAGGAAAGAAAACGUCUGCACCGAAGCAAACAACGCAAACUGUUGAGAGAGGUGCUUGGAAGGAAGAAUGGUUGUCGAAGGGCAUCAAAGCUUUUGAAAUUUCUUGUAGAAGUUCAGAUGCAAAACUUUGUGAAGUGAAAGACAUUCUUCGUCUGCCUGGAUUACUGUUCGUUGAUAUUGACAAGGACACCUUUAUUGCUGCGUAUCGGUCAGUAGAAAAGGCACAACGUAGUAUUACACGUCUGUCGACAACCUUGGCUUUGACAAUUACUCCUAUCAUGGAAGCAAGUGAGAAGUCACAGAAAAUAUUUUUGGAGAAAUGCCCUCCUUCCAAUCGACCACCGAAAACAACUGUUGUAGCGGAAAGACUGAUCUUUCGGUCACUUGGCCUUUCCACGGCAGCAGCAAGUGGUAAAACUGUUGAACGCUAACGUAGAGAGUUUUCUGUAGACCAUUUGAAUAUAACCGAUAUUCCCCAUUUGCUGAGCAGAUGAAGAGUUCCGCGAGGCGAUUUUCCUA